CGGCAGGGGCACGCGCCGCCAGUCGCUCGCCCGCCGCCCGCCCGCUCGGACACCCGCUCGAUAUGGACAUCAUCGCUUCAUUGUUGCUGCUGUGCGUGUGCGGCUGGGCGCAGUGCGAGCCGCUGCGCGCGGCGCAUCACCGCCGAAGCCACUACGGCGGCGUGUACGCGGGCGAGUUCGCGCAGGAGUACGAGCCGUACGUGUUCGCCGCGUUCCCGCUGCACCCGCCCAUGCCGGUGCUGCACGUGUUGUCACCGACACCCCUCGCGCCCACCAAGCGCGACCUGCUGCAUGCCGGCUCCAAGCACCGCCCGACCUACUCGCGCCCUGCGUACGCCACCUCCUCCUCAUCGUUCACGGACCUGUCGCGGCCGCCCUCCGCGUACGCGCAUGAUGACUACCCGCGACCCUCGUAUUCGCACUCGGACUACAACCGGCCCGCGUACUCUGAAUACCCUCGGCCUUCGUACAUGCACUCAGAGUAUACGAAGCCGUCGUACGUGAGCUCAUCAUACGUGCGACCGAGCUACGCUGACGUGUACCAGGAGAACUCAUACAGUCGGCCCGAGCCGCAGCUGACUUCGAACGAGGUUGAUUACCCCGCGCAGAUGUACCCAACGUCGGUGGCGCACGUGACGUACGCGAAGCCACCGCCGCAACCUCAGUCACAAAUUGAGCCUCAGUCCCAGGCGCAGUCGCAGCCACAGACACAGUACCCAGCGAGCCAGGAGACCUCGCCUACCAUCCUGUACGCCAAGCCGACCGCGCAUGGAGGAUACUCAUAUCAAAAAGAGCCGACAAAAAAACAAUCAGUACCAAAAAAAGUUGCGCCGACCGAGUCCCCUGUCAUAAUUAGAGUUCACAAGUACAGGAUAACGAGGACGUGAUGCGCUUCAUGCGGCACGCACGAUGGGAGAGAGAACUAAAUACUUAAGACAAAAACUUUGACCACACGCAGCUGAGCAGAUGAGGGCAAACGUAAUAAAAUACAUACCUAUCUAAGUAUAGGUUCAAUAAAUAAUACCGCUACCACUUAUCCGCUACUGUAGCUUCAUCACUACCAACGGGCUUUCAGGCCUUCAGAGCUUUCAACUAUUUACGAUAUAUAGAACAUGGUUUCGCCUGCUCCGUCCAGACCAUGCCCGGCUGCGUGUGACAAAGACCUAUAUUAUAAUAAUAUAGUUUCAAGCUCACUGUAACACAAUAACUCGAUUUGGCGCCGGGAGAGUAGACAAUGAGCGCUGCACAUAGUGCGCCUUAUACUGGCCACGUCAAGUUCAUCAUUUAGUGUAAGCAUGUUUUUAACUUUAUUUAUUAUUAUUUGUAACUUAUUAUAAGAUAAGUAUGGGUAAUUUAUAUCGAUCACACAUCGACUAUCGACUAGUAUAAUGACAAUUUCGAACUGUUACGAACUAAACUGAAUCGUUUGCAGGUAGAGCGGUGCAGUGUUUCUUAUUGAAUCUCGUGAAUCACGCCCGACUCUUCAACGAUUGUAUACAAUGUUAAUAUUCUAACGAACACAUAUUGUUUUAUUUGUCAAUCUAACGGCAGUGUAUACUUAACUAACAUAAUAAAUAAGGAAACAAUAUA